AUGUCUCGUCCUACCCCUGCAACCACUGCGCCUUGGAAAGCAACAUUUCAAGCGCACCUUGAAAAAGUUGGCGGAUCAGGCGCAGAGUUCACCCUAGCAACAGUCAGUGCAAAGGGCCUUCCCCAUGCUCGAACCUGCAUCUUCCGUGGCUUCUGGGCAACACUACCAUCGAACGAGCAUAAUGAGCUCCCUAAGAACCCUCCAAUCUAUGAUUCCGACUGUCCUACCUUCACUACAGAUGCACGCAUGGGUAAGACACAUGAUAUUUUUGCGACAGCGAACGGUGGGGGCAAUCUCACACAGUCACAUUCAGGGUCAGGAGGUGGCGGCCCCGUCGAAGCUGUGUUCUGGAUAAAAGAGACAAUGACCCAGUGGCGGAUACGAGGAAAAUGCUGGCUUAUUGCAGCCGAUGAUAUAGAAGGCGGACAACAGGCCCAGAACUCCGGGACGGUGACCGUCAAAGCCGAAGUUGGACGAUACAUGCGGGCCAAGGAAGGGUCUGGUCGCGCGGAGAAAAACAAAGACUGGUCGUGGAGACUGGAAAUAGAAAACUACUUUGAGAAUUUAUCGCCGACCAUGAGAGGAACGUUCAAAAAUCCUCCUCCCGGUCAACCAUUGCAGGAAGGUAAGGAUGACAAAGCAGGAGAAGGACUCGGACAGAAGGCGGGACAUUUGUCGGAUGAGGCACUCGCGCGGAGGAACUUCCGGGUCUGUAUCAUCACGCCAGAGCAGGUGGAGGCCGUCGAUUUAAGUGAUCCUACCCACUGUACCAGACAAGUCUGGAAUUUGGCAGAAGAAGGAAGGGGGCCUGGGGGCGACCAGCCGAGCGAAUCUUUCGGCGAGUGGAACUUGGUCGAGACGUGGCCCUAA